UGAAUGACUUUAAUAUAACCAGCAAUUCAGCGAGGUUUUCUAUGUACUAUGAUAUACGUAUAUACAUAAAUAUUAUUGCAAAAAAAUGAUCAUAUGUAUACAAGCAUGUUAGCAAGACAAGAUAAACCUCAGCUACUAAUUUAUUGUGAUUUAUUUACCACAAAUAUGUUUCCCCAAUAUUAGGCAGUGCUCGUUACAUCUAUACUUUGGUUUAUUAACAAUAUUUAAGCAGUCUUCGCAUGUAAUUCCAAUCAGUCUCAUCUUGUCAUGUGGAAGGCGAACGUAUGCAAAUUUAAUUGCAAUCAGUAUACAAGUUUAAGAACAUGCUGUUACGAACGAUAAACAAUUGCGAUACGGCGAGGAUAUGAAAAACUAAAAUUCAAGUUUAAAACAUCAUGGCCGUGUUGUUGGCUUUAAGUUUAAGAUAUAUCUGGAUAUAUUGAUAAACACAGCUACUCUAUAAAGAUACUAUCGAUCAGGGCGACAUUAGUCUUUGGCCUUGAAACAUACAGAAUGCAAUGGCCGAUAUUAAAUUAAUUUGUCGGUAAUGAUUUCUAAUCCUUAGUCGAUACGAUUAUGGGGCCAUUUGCCUGAUUCCACCUAAACCUCAAUUCACAUUCAUCAUUACAAUUCUGAUGAUUCUAUUCCUAUAAUCGAAAAGUACCGAAAAUAAAAUACUGCACUUCCCAUUUCCCGGCCUUUAUUUUUUUGAUAAAUCAAUUAUCCUAUAACAUCUUGACACUAGAAAUAAAUAUACACCUGAAAAAACAGGUGUUCGUUGAAGAUAGACAAUAUAUAGUAACAAAAUACACUGCCUGGCGCCAAGGAAAAACAUAAUUCAUUCAGUCGUAAUCAUACAAUUUUUAUGGCUAUAUUAGUAUAUAUAACUGCUCGCUGCAUGGAUGAAUUGAAUGUCAGGCACUUCGUAUUCAUGAUUUAAAGGUAUUUCAGAUAUAUUGUCCCUUAGAAAAUUAGAAUUAUGCCGUAUGAUUGCAAUAUGCUUUUCUUAAUAUACAAUUCUUGUUGCUCAUGCAGCUGUGGUUAUCGAUCCAGUUCAAGUGUUUGAGCACCCAGAACUUUCUACGGUCAGUCAAAAAUAGCACAGUCAGUAGCUACACACGUUUCGAUAUGACAGAGUCGGAUACAAAGUCAAGCAGUCACGCAAGUUUGAAAGAAAAAAUCCCAAGUCAAUCAGAGGACGAAAAUUCGGGGGAAAAUAUGAGCUCAGAGUCCGCAGGCAAUGAAUUGAAAGAAGGUGGUGGUCAAACUGCCGAUGAUGUAAUGGCAGGUCAAGUGCCAAUCGCUGAACAGAAAAAUACGGAAGACGCCAUGGAGGUAACGGAGGAAAGUAAAGAAAAGGGAAGUGAUAAUACGACAGAUGAAAACAAUGAGGCGUCAACCGGUGGAAGCGAAAGUGGAAAUCAGAAUGAUGUUUCAGCCGAUAUAAAGAGCGAAAAUUCCGAUCUGGACGGCAAAGAUACGGAAGAAAACAAUGAAAAUUCGACGAUUACAGAUGUGCCUAAACCCGAAGUUGUGAAUAAUUCUGAUACAGACGGGGCAACGAAUGACGCUGCUGAAGUGGCUGUAGUUGAUGGAAAUGCCUCGGAACAACCAAAGGAGCUUUCAAAUGAAGAUGCUUCAGGAGAUAUUGCUCAGAAAGUGGAAACCACUGAAGAGGUUAAAGAAGUUUCACCUGAUGAUAAAAACAAUUUAGAAUCUUCUAAGAGCAAUGAAAAUAACGCAGUCAACGAGACUAAGGAGGACGCCGAUGAUAAAAAUGGCGAGGAGCAAGUAGCAAAUGACAUUGGUGAUGUUGAGGAUCCUAAAGUUGAUGAUGAAACAAAAAACAAUGAUGAAGAGAAGCAUACGGUGGAAAAAGAUCACGAAGAUAUUGACAAUCAGAACGAUAUAAAACUGGCGGCGACAACACCGAAUGACGAAGAUGCGCCAAGCGAAGAAAAUGAAAAGAAAGAUGAGUGUCAUCGCGAGGCAGUCGAUGAAGGAAAGAAUGAUGAUAAUGAUGCUGUGGAAGAAAAUAAGAAUACCGAACAAGAUAGCAAAGAAGAUGAAAUAGGAGCGGGUGAUAUUGACAACGGAGGCGAUGAAGGACAUACAGAGACAUUGGUUGAAACAUCUAUUGAGGAAAGGGGUGAAAAAGAGAAUAGUGGCAAUGAUGAAGGAUUGGUUGAAAAACAAACUGAAAAUAGCAGUGCUGAUUUGAUUACUACAGACACUGAUGAAAAGGAUGCGAGAGAUUCUUUGGAAAAUACUGUUGCAGCUGCAGAUGAAGAGGCACAAGAAAAAGCAUCUCAAAAGGACGAAACUGUACCCCAAGAAAACGAAGGUGAAAUCGCAUCAGGACCAGAAGCAAAUCUCGAAGAUAGUCCCUCUCAGGUUUCCAGACAGGAGGAUAACAAAAGCGAAGUACCAAGUGAAAAUAUCGAUGAUCUUGUUGACGAGAUACUAGCAGACACUGAUGAUGUUGAUGUUGGGAAGAAAUCUGACGGUAGUGAGACAAAUGCUAACACAGAUAAACCAGAAGUAACCGAUGAUGGUUUAAAGAAAGCUGAUGGUGAUGAUAAGCCAGUUAUUACCAGCGAAUGUUCAGAGAAAUUAGAUGAAGAUGGUGAAACCGGUAAACAGGUAGAAGGAACAUCGAGUAUUGACGUCGAUGUAAAUGAUGCUAAAGAUAUUAAUCAGGCUGAACAAACCGAACAAAGAGCCGCAAGUGGCAACACUGCAUAUCGAGUACAAACAGAUUACCUUACACGUCAAGUUAUAGCAAAACAAGAGAAAGAAAUGUACUUGGAAGAAAAGUUAAAUGAGACGACCAGAGAUCUUGAGGUGGCUGAACGGAAAGUGAAAGACCUUCAACUACGUUUAAAAAGAUUUGUAAAAGAUGACGAAGCAAAGGAUCAAAAGAUGAGACAAAUGGAAAGAGAAUACAAAGAGCUGACGGAUCAAAUGCAACGAAUUGAAGAUUCGCUUCACUCAAAGAAUACAAAUAACAACAUAGCUGAAGUUAAGACGGAAGAAAAACAACGUAAGAAGAGCAGUUCGAGAGUGUGUGUUAUAUUAUAAAUUUCAAAACUUUAUUCAUUUAAAUGACAGUCAAGAUUUCCGCUACUUUUAUCACGAAGCAACACGAACAAGUUCAGCAUGAUUCACGCCAGAAUUUUUAAUAAUUCGCUAGUCAGUUAUCACAUGCAGGACAUCUUCAUGAUAAAUUGUAUUGACAGUCUUUCUCAAGUUGUUCGUCGAGCUUUAAGCUUUGAGAAAUUCAAAUCUUUGUGGAUAAAAACGUGUGGAUAAGUUAUGAACGUUUAGAUAGGGGCCCUAUUCAUCUAAAAACUAAUCGUUCGUUGGCAUGUAUCAAAAUCAUUAAUCGCGGAAAAAUUGCAGGUGUGUAAAAGGGGCUUAUCGAAAAUUAUCGAACUCCGUUAUAUAAUAUAUUUAGCAAUGUUUUCUAUUUCGAAACUUGUCAUGCACGUUUAGCUACAAUUAUCAAUUAUUUACAUAUGUUCAAAAGUCGAAAACUUGUAAAUUAAUUUUGCAAUCCAGCAACUUAAUUAUUACCUUUCUUGCAAGACAUUUAACGUAUAAAACACUCCCCCAAAACCUUGUGAAUCAUCCACUGUUAGGAUUUGAAUGCUUCAGGUGUAAUGAAGUUGUAGGGAACUGCGCGAGACAACAGAUGAUUUCAUUGUUCAUUUUCGAGCAUUAUCAGUGACAGUGUAUGGUCAAAUUUACCGACAAUAUUAACUUGUAUAUUUUAAAGUAACAUUGAACUCUAUUUAACUAGUGUAAAUAAUAUUUGUGUCUUAGUGUGUGAAUUUCAUUCAACGUUGUCACGUUGAACAUUACUGUUUGACUUUUAUUAUUUUUAUUUAAAAUUAAGGUGAGCAAAACAAGUUGAACUACAA